AUGGUCCUAUCAUUCUCUGAAGAAGAUGCAAAAGGGGUGAUGAUGCCCCAUGAUGACACAUUGGUGGUGACGGUGACAGUGGCUAACCAUCUGCUCCAUCGAAUCUUAGUGGACAAUGGAAGCUCGACUAACAUCCUCUAUUGGCCAGUUUUCAAACAAAUGGGCAUUGAUCAUGAUAGGAUCAAGUCGUUUGGUUUUCCCUUGGUCGGAUUUUCAGGAGAACAAGUCCAACCCAUCGGGCUUAUCUCUCUCCCUGUAACAGCAGGAACAGCCCCCAGACAAUCAACUACUAUGGUAGAUUUCUUGGUGGUCAACCGACCAUCUGCUUACAACGCAAUAAUUGGCCGGCCAGCCUUGAAUAAGUUGGAAGCUGCAACUUCAACCUACCACCUAAAGAUAAAGUUUCGGACUGAAGAGGGAGUCAAAGAAGUCAAAGAAGACCAGAGUGCAGCAAGGAAGUGUUACAUCACUUCUUUGAAGAAGCCUUCAGAAGCCGCAAACGGUUGGCACUGUGGGAGCAAAAAGGAGGGUGAACCGAAUGGCAAGCCUGCCGAGUCGCUAGAAGACGUGGUUGUAGCGGACAACAAAGUAGUGAAGAUUGUAUCCCAACUCGCCUCGGAGGUCCAGGAAGGCCUCGUUACCUUUCUAAGAAAGAAUCUAGAAGUGUUUGCAUGGGCACACGAAGACAUGCCAGGCAUUAGCCCUAAAGACAUACUCCACCAACUCAAUGUGGAUCUAAGCAUGAAACCGGUGAAGCAAAAGAGAAGAAAAUUCGCUACAGAACGAAAUAUGGCAAUAGCCGAAGAGGUGGAGAAGUUGCUCAGAGCUCAGUUCAUUGAAGAAGUACACUAUUCUGAUUGGCUGACCAAUGUAGUAUUGAUCAAGAAAUCCAAUGGGAAAUGGAGGAUGUGUGUAGACUUCACCAACCUCAACAAAGCUUGUCCAAAAGACAGCUUUCCCCUACCCCACAUUGAUACGUUGGUAGAUUCAACAUCUGGAUAUGGCUUGCUCAGCUUCGUGGAUGCUUUCUCUAGUUACAACCAGAUCUAUAUGCAUCCAAAAGAUAGGGAGAAGAUUGCAUUUAUCAUAGACUGA